GGCCAUGUUUGCUCUGUCUUGUGGAUAUAGUCUACACCGUGGUUGGUUCAUUUGAGCUAAACGCCAAGGCCUACAGCUUGUGUCAACCUGUCAAAGUGUAAUUUGCAACGGACGUCAUGUGAUCAUUAAACCCGUUUAGAAAAGGAAAGAUUACCGUGCAUCUAGGAGAGUGUUUGCGCACACUGGGCAGUGUGCUUGUUAAAGAGGCUCGGCAAUAACGCUCAGCACCUUGGAGAGCUCUCGCGCGUAGUGAAUCACUCGGCCACUCAUUCUGAUGCGAACAGAUCAGCAGUGCCACUGUCAAUUUAGUGGAAAUCAAUUUAGUGGAAAUCACGCUAUGACGAAUUUCACUGUGCUGUUUCUGCUGAUGUGUUGUGUUCUAUGUGUGCACUUUCUGUCUGUCGGAGUAGAGGCAAGAUUACCGGACGUUCCGUCGUUGGAAACACGAGACUCACGCAAGCAUAAACAGUUGGGUGUCCCUGUCCAUGAUAGGGGACAGCUUCAUAGGGAAAUAUCUUCCUCAGUUUUGAGAAACAAGUUCAACCGCCUUCCGGGAGUAUGUCAACGUCUACGCAGAAGGAGAAUCACAAUUCUGUGCAAUUCCAACGUGGGCAAGUACUGUUCGGUCAAAGAUGGAGCUCAACAUGGCCAUAUUUGCCGCUGUCCAAGAGCAUCAAAGUGUAAAUACUUCUUUCUGAGGAGUCUGUAGAGUUCAAUCUAGAUUGUCUUUGUCUGUUGUGCUGUUUGUCUCCCGUCAAACUGUUUUGACAACUAAAUAAAUGCACAUUUUCAAGAGAAAAAUAUAAGGAACACUUUCCCAGUACAUCACAAAUACAAGUCCAAGUUGACUCUGGGAAUCUUCUUUUUCAUAUUUUAUGUUCAACUUGUAUGUUACAUCCCUGAAAAGUUUUCUUAUUUAAGGUAACACUUACCACGCAUCAUUACACAUCAUAACCAUGCCAUAACAGCCUGUCAUAAAAAUGUCAUGAGACCUUUUUGGUCCUGUUGUGACAUAUUGCAUUACUUUAUGGCUGGUUAUGACACCUACACAAGUUUCAAAACCCACAAAACAUACCAUUACACCAUAGCCUACUUGUCAACAGUAUGUUUAGAACAUUUUCUGAAAUUGACCAUAUUAAAUAAUCAUUGUAAUUGCGCACACAUUGAUGUCAGACAUGCACCUACCCCAAUGCUCUGUUGCUGAUGCUGGGAUGAAUGCAGGAGCAGGACAAGACACUUUUUUUUGGACUGAUGAUUGACAUAAGGGAAUGUACGUGAGAGGCCCAUCUGGCUUACAGCGGUGUUAAGAACUUUAAAGUAUUUUUUACUUAAGUAUCACGUAAGCUGUUUUUUGUGUGUGUGUGUGUGUGGGGGGGGGGGUCUGUAAAUUACUAGUUUUACUUUCACUCCACUACUUUCCUAAAGAAAAUAUGUACUUUUUACUCCCAUACAUUUUACCUGACACCAAAAAGUAGUCAUUACAUUUUGAAUGCUCAGGCAGGAGACUUAUGAUCCAAUUCACACACACCUAUCAAUAUAACACAUACCUACAGCCUCUGAUCUGGCGGAUUCACGAAACACAAAAACUACAUUCGUAAAUGGGUGCUGAAAUGUGCCUGUCUGUCCGUAAAGGUGGAAAAAAAGGGAGGGAUUGUGCCAUUAGCGUAAUAUGAGGAAUCUGAUGUAUAGCUUUUACUUUAUACUUUUAGUCAAGUAUUUUCUUAGUCCAAGUAGUCACACAGGAUGGUCAUAAUGCUUCAAGACAGUGUCAUAAAGUGUAUUAUCUGCAAGUGAUUUCAAAUGGAGAACAAAAACACGACUAAAGAAUUCAUUACAACGAAAACAAAGGACAUAAGAAACAAACUAAAGAAAUUCUUGGUGGGGAAAGAAAAACAUUUGAAUAAAUGUGGGUUGACACGUGUCAUAACCAGCCAUGCAAUAUGUCACAACAGGCGUAAAUGUAUGUGUCAGGACAGUGUUAUGACCAUAUAACAGAUUAUAUCAACUGUUAUGACCGUGUCAUGUCGCUGGGUGUGAAGUGUUACCCUAUUUAAUUACAACAAAAACACAGAUUAACUGUUGUCCGAUUUUCCAUUUAUUCUUGCAGAAUUCUCAACUCUUUGUGAGCUGCUGAGGCUGGAAAACACAUGUCACAUAAUUCCUAAAAAUACAUUAUUUACAGUUGAAAUGUAAAACCAUGAUAAAAUCAUGAAAAUACUGGCAAUCACUGAGCUCAGAGACCAAUGUUACUAGGAGCCUACCA